AUGCCCGGAGGUGUCUGUGCCGUCCUCGACUAUGAGGUCGAGCUGAUGGCCGAGUAUGUCGGCGAGAUGGCCACCCGUCUUGCCCUUGGAAGCCCGGUCGCGCCGGCGCCCUUCCGCAAAUUCAUCUCGCAGAUCCUGUCGUCAACCCGACUUCCCAGCACAACCAUCCUUCUCGGCAUGAAUUACUUGUCUAAGAGGAUCAACCUCAUGCGCCACAACAACCAGGCACUCAAGAUUACCGAGGGCCAGGUCUGGCGCCUGCUGACGGUAGCGCUUCUACUCGGCAGCAAAUUCCUCGACGACAACACGUUCCAGAAUCGCUCCUGGUCCGAGGUAAGCGGUAUUCCCGUACGAGAGCUCAACUCGAUGGAGUCGGAUUGGAUGCGAGCCAUCGACUGGCAGCUUUACGUCGAUCUCGACGAGAGCCAGGACUACACUGCCUGGCUCAAGAGCUGGGAGGACUGGUCUGGACACAAGAAGCGCCAGCAGGCCAUGGUAAGCCGCGAGCGGCUGCACGCUGCCGUCCCUGCCAUCGACACCGACGUCGCACGGGCGCGCCAGGCACACGCUGCUACAUCUUGGUACGAGGAACAAGUCGCCGAGUAUCGUGUGUAUGAGCAAUUGUCGGUCCUCAAGCGCAACGAGCACGCCCUUCACCAGGGAUACCGUGGACGUGAGACGUCCUGGCCUACGUACCAGCCUGGCCCGUGGACCAACCCACCCCUCACCCCUCCAGAUUCCGGUUACGGCACCCCCGAGUACCUCAACUCGACUACCAUGAAUUUCCCUUGCAACGACUGGUUUGCUCAACAAACCCGCCAGUCCAGCCAGGCUCUGCCUGGUGGUGGGUACGCCAGACAGCAGCCUUUCCGCCAGCACGGUUCCUCCCAGAGCGCAUACCAUUCCCGCAAUGCCUCGUCGUUCCCCGUAUACAACAUGUACGGCCACAACAUCUGGGAGCACAACACCAUGGACUGCAACUGCGCCACCUGCGCCAUGCACAACAAGCAGCCCUAUUUUGCUGCUCCAUCUCAUGCCUACGGCCAACCUGUCAUGGGCUAG